AUGCUAGUUUGGCCAAAUGGCCCGCCAAGAAAUAUCCUUAUAGUCAAGAAACCUCAUAAGAAUCACGUUACUGAAGCUUUGCUCAUUUUACUUGGCCACAUUUACAAAAAAUAUCCGAAGUGUAAUAUAAUAUUAAAGAGGGAAGCAGCUAAAGAAAUCGAACAAAUUGAAAAGGAUGGCAAACAGUUGACAGAGGAACGCAGUAUAUAUACAGGCACGAACUCAGAAAUUGUUGGAAAGGCUGACCUUCUCAUAUCACUAGGUGGGGAUGGCACAAUUCUUAGAGGCGUUUCGAUGUUUUCAAGUGGGACUGCUCCUCCCGUACUGAGCUUUUCACUUGGUACUUUGGGAUUUCUUCUUCCUUUCGAUUUUAAAGAUUACGAACCCGCAUUGAGAAGUGUUUUUGAAGGAAAGGCAAAGGUCAUGCGAAGAGAAAGAAUAGAAUGCCAUAUUAUAAAAAAGAAGAGUGAUGGGAACGAAAUGAGUGCAGAAGAACUGGAAAAAGAGGAGGAAGAGUUUGAAGCAGAGGAGGAUAGGGAUGAUAUCACAGAAUCAAACUCAUAUUCCAUGCAUUCGCUACACGUUCAUGCUAUGAACGAUAUCGUCAUGCAUCGUGGUGCUCUGCCAGGCCUCAUCAAUCUGGAUGUUUUCAUAAAUGGUCAUUUUCUAACUAGGACCACCGCAGACGGCUUGAUAUUUGCCACACCAACUGGCUCUACUGCAUAUUCAUUAUCGGCUGGAGGUUCUAUCGUUCAUCCUUUUGUUCGCUGUAUCAUGAUUACAUCGAUUUGUCCUAGAUCAUUGUCGUUUCGUCCAUUAAUUCUUCCUACAAAUUCAAAGAUUACAGUCAAAAUUACAGCCAAGAACGAUUUAAUCUCUGCCAACAGUGAACAAACAGAUUUGUCUGGGGACAUUACGGCAAAGCUGAGCGUUGAUGGCAUUCCUGUUACAGAGCUUGGGCCGGGAGAUGAAAUUCAUGUUCUUUCAGAAUCUGAGCCGAAGCUGAAUGACAAGGAAGACAUCACGGAAGCACACAUAGAAAAAUAUAUGGAAAAGGGCGUAUGGUGUGUCACCCGGUCUGAUGGUGAUUGGGUGAACGGAAUAAAUGGAAUGCUUGGCUUCAACACUGGCUUUCAUACGAAGCCUUAA